AUGACCUCAACCUCUCUCCCGACGCCACUCCCUCUCAAUACCAUCGCUGACAUCAAUGCCACAGCGAAGCCCUUCAGUGUGUUUGAAGGCUGCGAACAUCUGGUGGAAGGCAUUCUCUUUGACCUGGCCAUACAGUGCAUCAAUGUAGUCGUGGGGAUCCCGGCCAACUUGCUUGUCAUUGCAAUCCUCAUCCACAGUCGCAAAACUCCCACAACCUCCGACAUAUUCUUGGGCUGCCUUGCUUUCAUGGAUAUCUACUUCGGUGCCAUGACCCCUCUCAGCUUAAUUAACCUUUACCACUGGCAUAGCAAAGAGGUGUGGUCUGCGCUUAAGUUUUCCUACGGUGUAAAAGACACGAGCGGGCCACUGUUCCUCUCCUGCAUCUGCCUAGAUCGCUUUGUGGCUGUGCUCUUUCCUGUCAUGUUUGGUCAGUUCAAACCCACCAAGUACAGGUUGAGCCUCUCAGUGCUGGUGUUAUGCCUCACCUUUGCCUACUCUGCAGCCAAAGUUGUGGGAGGCCUCCCCAACUUCGAGAAGGUGUUCACCGGUGAGAUCCUUGCGACAUUUAGUUGGAUGAUGUUGUGCAAUGGGUGCAUCCUGUGGGCCCUGAAGAGGUCCCGCGGUGCAGGGAAAGACGAGAUGCACCCCAUGAAGAAGAAAGCCUUCAAGAUGGUGCUGUCCAUACUUUGUAUCAUUGUGUUUAACUACCUGCCACCUGUAGCACUGUUUCCUUUUGAGGACUAUUACUCCCCUGAUGUGUUUCGCUGCUAUGUGCAGCCUGUGGGCUUCGCUUUCCUCAACAUCAGCAGCACCUUCCAGCCGCUUGUCUAUCUAUCUCGCCUUGAGAAGCUGCCUUUCCUCUCAGACACCUGCGUUAAGAAGUGCUGCAACUGUGUCUCCGCAGAGAACACAGAAACCCCACCUGCACAAAACCCAUCUGCUUAA